ACCAUAGUAAAGAUGUCAUCUGACCAAUUUGUGUGAAAAUAGAGAAUAACUCCCAUCCAAAUCCCUUGUCUUUAGAAAUAAGAAAAGCUCUGAGGGUCUCCGGAGUUGCCAGAGGAAAGCUAAAUUUUGUGAUGAUUCAGAGUAUUCCCAAGCUUAUAAAGAUGAAGAUAAAUAUCAUCAGUCUUUUCUAUAGUAGAAAAGAAUGAAGCAUAUUAAAAAAAAAAGUGAUACAGUGGAUGGAAUGAGAACCUUGAAAUAAGCAAGUAUGGACCAGAAUCUGAUAAUGCUCAUCCUUGGAAUUUCAUUAUGAAGUUGUGGCAAGGGCCAGGCAGACUUUGAUUUGAAACUCAUCUCUUCAACUAACUGGCUAUAUAGAUUUUGACAAGACACUUAAUUUCUCCAAGCCCAUGUUAUCUGCAAAGAAAGGAAGAUAUGAAUACUUACCUUAUUGAGUUGUCAUGAGAAUUAAAUAUGAUAAUGUUGUCAAAUCAUUCACUCAGGUUUCUGGCACAUGGUGCAGGAUCAAAUAUUAUUUUACUUUUGUCUCCAUACCCACCAACCUCUUUUCCAGGAAAAUACAAAGCUGUUUUUCAGCCAAACUAUAAAAUAGGGGAUUGUCAUUUGGGCAUCAUUAAUGCCCAUCUACCUCUCUUUGGGCCAUUUGACACUUUGAAAUGAAUGAUUCAUAAUUAUCACUUUGUGAUAUAUACAUUGUUUUGUUUCUUUUAGCCAGAAUCUUGUCCUCAACUAUAACCAAAGUAAAGGGAACUGGGAAGAUACAUGUUUAUACAAAACCAUUAAUAGAAAGUUGUUCAGAGACUCGGCAAGUGAAUCUACCCAGAGCUGGAGCUUCCUUUGCAGCUUGGGAACACCAGUGCCACCGUUCCUCUGGGUCUUGGCUUUAGAUAAUUUUGAUCAUGACUGUAGAACCCAGCAGCUCAGAAUCCAUGAAAAGGAGAGUUGGGAGGAGGCUCCUGCCAUGCACCAGGCACUGUUGUAGGCAUUGAGGAUACAGAACUCAGCAAUACUUUCACCAUUUCUGGUGACAGUUGAGAAUUCAUCCAAGAAGUUUUCUUGAAUGCGUGCAAAAAAAAAAAAAGUAUAACUCCCAUUCUUCCCACCCCCUGAUAUUACUACUUUACCCUGGAGUGGAGAUGGGGACCAAGCGCUUGGAGCACUGAAUCUGGUCUCCCCCAGGAGUGCAGCGUGAGCAACAAAGGUAAGCAGGAAGCUUGGGCUGUGGGCGCGGCAGGACCAUGGAGAGCGCCGCCGCCAAGACCAGGGCGGGGCCGGGACUCGCGUUCCCGGGGCAAUGCUCGCCUCCGCCGGAACCCCCCAGGGGGCGCUCGCGCGGAGGUUUCCGAACUAGUGUCUCUCCGGGUGGCUGGGCGCAUGGGUUUCGUCAGAAGGUGGAAAUCUCUCUGUGAGAAGCUGCCAUCUCCCCACCGCCACCCGCUCUCGUCCGCUUCUCCUCCUUCCUCCUUUCCUUCCUCGCGCUCUCCUCUGCACUCCCUCCCUCUUUCCCCGGGGCCCUCCUCUUUACUCUCUGAGUUAGCCGACAGCCGACCUGCCAUCCCCAACAUUUUCACCCUCUUCCCCCACCCCCAUCGCCAAGGAUGGAGCCAGGGUUUCCGGAGAGACCAAACUCUCCUCUCAGCAUCUUUUCCGUCCGCUCUUGCUGAACUGGCCUCAGAGGGCGAGGUGGGAGGGCAGCGCGACCUCCCCCGACCCUUGCACCACUGCACAACUACACCACCAGCCGCCUUCACCCCAAAGCCGGAUUUUGCAUCCUGGGGGCGGGACAGACCUCGUCCCGGGCUGAAUUCUCACUCUACUCUUCGAGCUUGGCACGCCCAGAAUGAAGAAGAUGAGCAACAUUUACGAGUCAGCUGCCAACACGCUGGGAAUCUUCAACAGCCCCUGCCUGACCAAAGUGGAGCUGCGUGUGGCAUGCAAAGGCAUUUCCGACAGAGAUGCCCUUUCCAAACCAGACCCCUGUGUCAUCCUCAAGAUGCAGUCUCACGGGCAGUGGUUUGAGGUUGACAGGACAGAGGUGAUUCGCACCUGCAUAAACCCAGUGUACUCAAAACUGUUUACGGUUGACUUUUACUUUGAAGAGGUGCAGCGCCUGCGGUUUGAAGUCCACGACAUCAGCAGCAACCACAAUGGGCUGAAAGAAGCUGACUUCCUGGGUGGCAUGGAGUGCACACUUGGCCAGAUUGUUUCCCAGAGAAAGCUGUCCAAAUCCUUGCUGAAGCAUGGGAACACAGCAGGGAAAUCCUCCAUCACGGUGAUUGCUGAAGAAUUAUCUGGAAAUGAUGACUACGUUGAGCUUGCAUUCAAUGCACGAAAAUUGGAUGACAAGGAUUUCUUCAGCAAAUCUGACCCAUUUCUGGAAAUUUUUCGUAUGAAUGAUGAUGCAACUCAGCAGCUGGUGCACCGAACUGAGGUUGUGAUGAAUAACUUAAGCCCAGCCUGGAAAUCAUUCAAAGUAUCAGUAAAUUCUCUAUGCAGUGGAGACCCAGACCGGCGGCUGAAGUGCAUAGUAUGGGACUGGGACUCCAACGGCAAACAUGACUUCAUUGGAGAAUUCACCUCAACAUUCAAGGAGAUGAGAGGAGCAUUGGAAGGGAAACAGGUGCAGUGGGAGUGCAUCAAUCCCAAGUACAAAGCCAAGAAGAAGAAUUAUAAGAACUCAGGCGUUGUGAUUUUGAAUCAGUGUAAGAUCCACAAGAUGCACUCUUUCUUGGACUACAUCAUGGGUGGCUGCCAAAUCCAGUUUACAGUAGCUAUAGAUUUCACUGCCUCAAAUGGAGACCCCAGGAACAGCUGUUCCCUGCACUACAUCCACCCUUACCAGCCCAAUGAGUACCUGAAGGCCUUGGUAGCUGUGGGGGAGAUUUGCCAAGACUAUGACAGUGACAAGAUGUUCCCAGCCUUUGGGUUUGGCGCCAGGAUACCUCCAGAGUACACGGUCUCUCAUGACUUUGCAAUCAACUUUAAUGAAGAUAACCCAGAAUGUGCAGGAAUUCAAGGCGUUGUGGAAGCCUAUCAGAGCUGUCUUCCGAAGCUCCAACUCUACGGUCCCACCAACAUCGCCCCCAUCAUUCAGAAGGUUGCCAAGUCAGCCUCGGAGGAGACCAACACCAAGGAGGCCUCGCAAUACUUCAUCCUCCUGAUCCUGACAGAUGGCGUCAUCACAGACAUGGCCGACACCCGGGAGGCCAUUGUCCACGCCUCCCACCUCCCCAUGUCAGUCAUCAUCGUGGGAGUGGGGAACGCUGACUUCAGUGACAUGCAGAUGCUGGACGGUGAUGAUGGGAUUCUGAGGUCACCCAAAGGAGAGCCUGUCCUUCGAGACAUCGUGCAGUUUGUGCCCUUCAGGAACUUCAAACACGCGUCUCCAGCUGCCCUGGCAAAGAGCGUGUUGGCCGAAGUCCCAAACCAAGUCGUGGACUAUUAUAACGGCAAGGGGAUUAAACCAAAAUGUUCGUCAGAAAUGUAUGAGUCUUCUAGGACACUAGCGCCAUGAACUCCACACACUUUUACAGAGUUCUGAAAUACUAUUCCUGCUAAUAUUUAAUAUGUCUACUACUCCUGUACUUAAAAAAAAAAAACAAAAAACACGUACACAUUUAAAAAUAGCACGUUUUGGUGAUUUUUAACUAACUGACAAUUUUUUUUGCAUGUGUAGCCCCAGGGCCUGGAUCUGUUAAGCCCUAUGUAUUGUUAAAGACUUUUUACAAAGAAAUACAAAUAAUAAUAACUUAACUCUUUACAUUACAGCAUGUCGCCUUGAAAUAAAAUGGUAUCUGUAUCCAUUUUUUAUACAGGUUUGUUGAAAUUUUGCUAAAUUUCUUAUUAUCUUUACACUAUAAAGCAUUUUGAAACAUUUAUUGAAUGUUGAUAGCCAAAACAUAUUUGGUUUUAUCUGCUACAAGAUGAGAGACUUUUGAAAAUGGCAGAUGCAUGGACUGUAUUUUGCAUGUUUAAAAUAAAAAACAAUCCACACUGUUUUUGCAGUUGUUAUCUAUAAUUCCUCCCUGCUAAGAAUGGUCUCUCUACUAAAGAAGAGUUUUAUCCACCUAGAGGUGGUCUUUUUGAAGUAGGUCUGGGGCAUGUAGCCCAGCACCUCUCAGACUUUACUGUGCACACAGACCACCUGAGAGUCUUACUAUAAUUCAGAUUUUGCUGCAGUAGGUCUGGGCGGGGCCCAAGAUUUUGCAUCGCUAACGAGGACCCAGGUGAUGCUAAUGCAGGCCUUGGCCUGCACUAAGAGUGGUGAGGUUCUAGACUUUAGUGUGUCAUGCUAGAGACCAUCUGAAACAGGGCAGCUCCUACUCUGCUUGAGAAUGGCAUCUCCUCCCUCCAGUAGCAUAAAGGUCCUGCCUGUCUCAGAGGUGAGAGUAGAAAGUAAUGAGACUGAUUCCAGAAGCUGCACACCCCACAUCAGUCUCACUGCUUUAUAGUCACACCUCUUCCUUAAACAAGACUAGACAGUGCUCCUCCUGGCUGGCCCCUGCCCUUUUAAAGGGGGUAUCACACACCAUCGCAUGGAUGGUCCCAUUUUUAUGUCAACCCCUAGGGAUGACCUCAAAUAGUCUUCAUUAGGACCACAACAAUGGGGCUUGUCCAUAGCCAAUGGCCAUGCAAUAUGGCUCCCCACAUAUCUGGUUUACCAAGUUAACCUCUGAGCUUAGCAUGGGGCUUCUUUUUGCCUUUUUGUAAUCACCCUGAAAGCAAACUCUAUACGCAGAAAUGCCUGGAAUCAUUGCUUUGGGUGGAGGUGUUUUGUUUCAGUAUAAGCUGACCAGUCUUGAACCAAAACAAUGAAUGUUUCACUUGUAUGAUCUUCUCACAGAGAAAUAGACAAGUGUUUGUAAGCAUAAAAGGCACAAAGUGGAACUUAUUUUUGGUCAGAGAGAUGGGGAAGUAAAUCACAAGGCAAAAUAAAUCUCUUUGUUGGGGGGAGCAGUAUUAACAAGCAAAGCAAAUGCCUAGUAUGAUUUCCAGAGUUAUAAUUAUAGAUCCUAAUCUUGCAAAUACAUGUCAACCAAAUGCACAACAUUUUGGGAAUGAUGGUAAAAAAAAUGUAUGACUGAAAAACUAAUAAAUAUUUAAACUGUAUUGUUUUAUGAAUAAAUUGGUUACUUACAGCAUUUUU